AUGGAACUGGUCGCAUUGUUGUUGCAGGUCUACAGCAAUGUACUUACACGAGAAGAGCGUGAAGAGCUGUCUUGGAUCAUACUACUCCUAACACACAACCAACACACUGGCCGGACCUUGACUCUUGCAAGUCUCGAUCGCAUGUUAUUCGAGACCUCGCUGACUGGCCGCACGGGCACCUCUCUCGGUGAAAGAAUACGCGACAACUUCACUCCUCUGUUUGAUCUCGAACAAGAGGAUGGGAUCUCUCUCAGUCAUCUCAAGGUCCACGAUCCUGCACGCGCUUUUGGGCUUACGUGCACACCUUCCACGACGACUGUUACUUUUGCGCAUCCAUCACUCACUGAGUAUUUUCUUCAACACCGCGACAAAUCUCUCAACGGGAGGGUGAAAGAUGCCCCGGUCUUCAACAGCGCUGAGCUACAUUUUCGUCUACUACAGCAAUGCUUUCUUAGUUUCGCUGAGCCUCAAAGCGAACCUUUGACCGAAGCGGCCGAAGCGUUUCGGAAGUACGCCGCUACUCACUGGUACACCCACCUCGCAGGCACUUUACCGAGUGACAAUGUCGAAGCCCUGAAUCUUUUGGAAGACGACCGUGAAGAGAUGUUAGGGCCUCUUAACCAUUUCUUCAAAGAUGAGAAUAUCGUGCAGCACUGGUGUCAGCACCUACCAGCAACAUUCUUUAGUAGAGCCAGAUCCGAAGAUGUGGGCGAGUUGAAAAGUCUUUGCUAUUACCACUCAGACCCAGAAGCGUUCGAGUUUAUCAAACUUUGCGCCUUCAUGGGCUCCAAGAAGUGGCAGGACUUCUGGCUACCAGUAGCAAAGGUGCACGCCAAGAAAGGACUACAUGGCGACUGGGAUCGAAACCACUCACUCCAGGUAAUCUUCCACAUCAAGCACCUCGUCGAUACAGAAGAUGCGGUCGCAGAUAUCCGAGGAGAGUUGUCUCAGCAAGAGAUGACUGAGGCUGCGGAAUGGACCGAGUUGGAGUCGAAGACAGAUCCGCCUGAAUUCACCUUGAAAGAAGAGAGCUCGGGUUUUGAAGAAGAGGAGACAUUGUCUUCUGAGGCGACUCAGAGUACCAUUUAG